AUGGUGCCCACUGGUGUUCCCCAAGACAGUGUACUUGGCCCUCUGGUGUUUGCUGUUUUUGUCAACAGUAUGGGAGAACAGUGGAAACUGGUUCCUGAUAUGGCGAUUAGACAAGCUGCCUUGUAUUAUCCUCCUCAGGCUUCACUUUUGCAGCCAUUGCAGGAAACUGACUUACCUGUUUCUUUACGGGAGUUGUUAUCUUUUCAGAAUCAGGCUGAUGACUCCAAAACAGUAAGUUUCUGUAAAGUAAGCAAAAUCUGGCGGGAGAUCAUUUAUCAGGAUAAGAACACUUUUCAGAAAAGGAAACUGUAUCUAAAGCAGUUGAAGGCAUCAUCUGAGCAGUGCCAUCUUACUCAAGUUGAAGAUGCUGCAACAAGACUUAAUCUUUUAACACGUUCAGCUUUAAGUUCUGUUCAGCCACAAAGUAAGGUUACAUUGACGCAUGCUGCAAGUACCACACCAGUUUCCAGUUCUGAAAAAUGUGGCUCUGCUCGCAGGUCAAGCAGCAGGCAUGAGCAACACUUAAAGAUUGCACAGUCUCUCUUCAAUGAUGAGGCUCUCAAACAAUGCCCAAGGUGCCAGUCUCCUGCAAAAUAUCAGUCAAUGACAAAACGUGCAGUUUGCACAAGAGAAAGCUGCUGUUUUGACUUUUGUACUCAAUGCCUUUGUGUUUUUCAUGGAUCAAAGGAGUGUAGCAAUGGGUCAGCCAAAAGGAGAAACAGAAAUGAAGCACUACCAGGAAGUGCUCAAAGCAAGCGCAAUUUAAAAAGGCUCUGAGUUUUUGUAAAGUUCUAUGAACUAGAAUUUUUUGAUGUAUUCAAUCAUGCACAUGAAUUCAUCUGCAUGCUUCAAUUAUGUUGAUCAUGUUAUCGAUUACUGUAUAUAUUUUUAAUCCAUGUUAGUAUUGGUAUAGUUGGAUUUUUAUUGUUUUAGAGAUUUACUAUUAAA